AAUCGCUGCUUUUGCGAUAACAAAUUAAAAUUAAAAUAAUUCCUAACAAUAUCAAUACAUUUGGUAACGUUUAAAGUGAAAAGGCUCCCGAAUAGCUAAUAUCAAAAUGACUGGCUUCGAAAUAAAGACAUGCAACAGUAAAAAGGGUAAAGCGAUGUUUUCUACAAAGAAUUACGAACCAGGUGAUAUCAUUCUGGAAGAGGAUCCUUUGGUAUCAUGCCAGUUCGCGUGGAACGCUGCAUAUAAAUACAUAGCAUGUGAUCAUUGUAUGAGGCCCCUAGAAACCCCUGAGCAAAAUGUGAGGCGUCUAUCAGCCAACCCAGACAUGGUGCUCCCACACCCAGAUUCCUACAUCAUGUGUCUCGACAACAUCACAAGUUGCGACCAGUGUGGAGCCUAUUACUGCUCGGAGAGCUGCCGGCAGCAGGCAUAUGCGAAGUACCACAGGACAAUAUGCUAUGACCCGAAUGAUUUGCAGCAUCCUAUUGUUGUGCUGUUGGAGGCUUGGAAGCCCCUCCACUACCCACCAGAAACAACCAGCAUCAUGCUCCUAGUCCGAAUACUAGCCUACAUCCAGCAGAGCUCAGACCCGAGUUCAGCCGUUGCCACAAUCAAGCAGUUCUGCCACCGCACAAUGAAUGAAGAUGAGGAGAUUAUGCACAAGUUACUUGGAGACCAGUUUGUGGAUCAGCUUAAUAUGCUGAGGGAGCUUACAGCUAAUGUUGUUAACGGGGAUGCUGUGCAAGAGUUCCUCACUCCCGACGGCUUCUGCAGCUUAAUGGCGCUAGUGGGCACAAACGGGCAAGGCAUCGGCACCAGCCCCUUAGCCAUGUGGGUCAAUUCGGUGGUGGAACUGACCCUCUCCGACGACGAGAGGAGGCAGCUCGACCUGUUCCUCACCAGGAUGUAUGAUAAAGUUCAGGAGGAAUCCGGCUCCUUCCUAAACACCGAAGGCUCCGGUCUCUUCAAGCUGCAAAGUGCCUGCAACCACAACUGCGCGCCCAACGCCGAGUCCACGUUCCCGUACGGCAACCAUCGACUACAACUUAAGGCCAUCAAACCCAUACGGCCGGGGGAAGAGAUCUGUAUUAGUUACUUGGAUGAGUGCUUCUUGCAGAGGUCCAGGCAUUCUAGGCAGAAAGAGCUCGCCCAGAACUACCUAUUUGUGUGCGACUGCCACCGCUGCCUCUCCGAGUCCUCCCAACCAGAGUGCACCAGCGAGGAGGAAAUGUCUGAAGAGGAUGCGGAUGACUGAUGCUCUAACCUGCUGGCCUUCUGCUUGCUUGGCCUGUAAUGGACCCUAUGUGCAGUGGUUAAGGUGCAAUUUUAAGUGGAAGUUGGCCGGCUGAUAAUAAUGUAUAGUGAAUAAAAUUGU